CUCCGCCCCCUCCUCCUCCUCCUCCCAUCGCUGCCCCCUCCUCCUCCUCCCACGGUCGUCCCCUCCUCCUCCGCCCCCCCCCCCCUCGCAUCUCGUCCGCCCCGGGUGCGGAGGCGAGCUGCUGCACCCACGCCCCUCUCCAACUCCCCCACCCCUCCUCCAAUGGCGCUCCCUCCUCGGCUCGAGCCCUAGGGCCGCUGCCGCCUGGCACCACCUACGGCCGCGGUCGCUGUUGGCAGCACCUUCGCCCGUCUUCGCCUACGCUGACGCCGCCUCUGGUGGCCAUCGGCCCCUCCGCCCCACCCACGGAAGUGACAGUGACUCCAUAUAUUUUGGCAGCUGAAAUGGUCGAGAAGUUUGAGUCAGGGACUAGAGAUUUGGGCAGCCACUACAGCAGAUCAAUGUCUAAUGAGGAUGCAGCAACUGCCUCACAGAGAAGGCCCAAACUUAUGCUAACAAGGCCAAAGGAACCUGAGUUUCAGACUACCCACAGGGUCCGAGCAGUCAGAAUGAAAAGCUCUUCAGAACUAGAGGAGGAAAUGCGGGCCAAGAUCCCAAAGUUCAGAGCAUGGCCAUUUAACAAAAAGAUAGCUGAAGCUCCGUCUUUCCCUCCUCUUCCAAGGACAGCUCCACAGCUUCCCGAUUUCAAUGAGUUUCAACUUAAAACAAUGGAAAGAGCGUCUCGACAUGCUGACACAUGUUCAGAAGCUUCUUCUGUAGGAACUAUGCGCAUUCUUGAGAGGAAGGGCGGUAUUGGUGUUUUUGCCCAUCCGAAGGCCCAGGCAACAGAGCCCAAGGAGUUCCAUUUUCGUACUGACGACCUCUUGGGACCUCCUGCAGUUGCGGAUCUUCUCGACAAGCUUUCUCUGUACUCUGAAUCUUCUUCCUACAAUGACAAGAGAGAUAUGCCGGGACUGACAAUACCCAAACCUUUCAAUCUACAUACAGAUAUAUGGAAGAUCUAAAAGCCUCUGUGAAAGAUUUUUGGUUCUAUAGAAGCCAAUGAUCUGGCACACUGAGACCUUAAUUUCUGGAGUGAACGACUGCAGGAAU